AUGUCGAGCUCACUAUCGACCUUAUUGCAGCAAAUCUACCCUCCCGCGCCAACCUUCACUGAGAAGGAUGUCGUGGCCGGGAGUCACGUAGGCAAGGUGUUUAUCAUCACCGGUGCCAACUCUGGUAUCGGCCUGGAUCUGGUGAAAUUCCUCUAUCCCACCGGCGCUACAAUUUAUCUUGCCAGCCGCUCAGUUGACAAGAUUCACAAUGCCAUUGCGCAAGUGUCUUCCGUCUCCCCCGCGCCAGCAACCCCUGCCACGCUCAAACCGCUCCACUUGGACCUAUCAGAUCUCACCACCAUCAAAUCCUCCGCCGCGUCCUUUGCGGCUCAAGAGUCACGUCUUGACAUCCUCUGGCACAACGCCGGCUCCGGCUAUGGGCCCGGAAGCGUGACAAAGCAGGGCUUUGAAGCCCACGCCGGCGCCUACUGUGUUUCCCCACUGCUCUUUACCCAGGAGCUUCUCCCGCUGCUCCAGGCGGCCGCGAAAUCCGCGCCCAAGGACAGCGUCCGCGUCGUCUGGACCGGCUCCAUCCUAAUCGACAUAAACUCGCCACCCGGCGGCGUCGACUUCGUCCGGAUCGAAAAGCCGACCACCAACCAAGAGCUGGACUACGCCGCGUCCAAAGUCGGGAACUAUUUCUUGGCGGUGGAGGGGGCCAAGCGCUGGGGCAAGUACGGGAUUAUCAGCGUGUGCGAGAAUCCCGGGAAUCUGUACACGCCUAUUUGGGUGAACGCCAGCUGGUGGUAUAUCACGUUUCUCAGGAUUUUUAUCUUGUACCCGUCAAAGUAUGGUGCGUACACGAUGCUCUACGCCGGGUUCUCGCCGGAUGUAAAUGAAGGUACCAAUGGCACGUAUAUCUGGCCUUGGGGUAAGAUUCGACCUGUCGGACGGGGCGAUGUGUUGCAGGCGGUAUCGGAUGGUAAAGCGACGGAAUUUUGGGAGUGGUGCGAGAGGAAAUGGAGGCAGCAUCUUUGA